AUGUCGACGAAAUUCUUGGCUGCGACUUCGGGCGUUUGUGGAUUCGUGAUUUUGUGCAGCAUUUUCGCGUGCGGAUCGUUGUAUUAUGAGGCGAAUCUGUUUUUGGAUGAUUCGUUGGAGGAUUUGGCUGAGUUUAAGGUGAGAGAGAAAUAAAGAUAUUUUCAGUAAACUUUUCAGAUUCUUCCUGAGAUUCUGAAUUUAUUGAUACCGAUUAUGACUGGUAUAUUUUCAGCUUCUCGGAGAUUUCAGAAUUUUUAGAUUCUUCUAGAAAUUCAGGACAAUUUUUCAAAAUCUCAAUGAAAUUCCAAAAAUUUUGAUACAAAAUAGAAUUUUUAGAAUCAUCCCGACAAUUUUUUUGAUUCAUCAGCAUUCAAAAAACUAAUGAAAAUCAUAAAAAUUCCAUGAAACGUAUAAUUCACAAGAUUUAUUUAUUCAGCCAAUCUGAUAUUCUCUAAAUUUUUGAUCAUUUGAUAUAACUUUGCAACAAAAUCCUCAUCGUAAGAUAACAAGUGUAAAAAUAUUACAAAAAUACCAAACCCAAAAAAACUGCCAAAGAUAACACUUUGUAAAAUAACAUAUUAUACAAAACUUAAUAAGAUAACUGAAAAAAUAUCGGAAAAAUUGUUGUAAUUUUUUCUUGGAAUUUAUAUGAUUUGGAUUAGAAUUGAUCUUUUUUUUCAGAAUCUACUGGAUAUUCUGAUAAUUUUAAAAUUUUUAGAAAUUCAAGAACAAUCUUUUCAGAAUUUCUAGUUAAUAUCUAAAAAUAUAAGAGAAUCUGAUUCUGCUGAACAUUAUAGAUUUUUCUACACCAAAUUUGGUCUUCUGAUAUUCAGAAUCUCAAGAAAAGUUCAAUUUUCCCUCCAAUUUUCAAAUUCUUCUAGGAUAUAGCCGAUCACGCGUGGCGUGAAAUGGUAUCCCAAACAUCUUUCCCAAUGCGUGCCAAACGUCAAGAAGAUGGUGAAGAAUCUGAUUGUGGUUGUCCAUGCAAAAACGGUCCAAACAAUUGUCCUCCUGGUCCACCUGGUCCACCGGGAAAUCCAGGUCAACCUGGAGAAGACGGUGAAAAUGGAGAUGCUGGAAAAGCUGGAACAAACGGAGUUGCUUUGAUCUAUCAAGAAGCCGGAAAACAAUGUAUUAGUUGUCCAGCUGGAGAGCCUGGCCCACAAGGGCCCGAAGGACCAGCCGGGCCUGCUGGGCCAGAUGGACAACCAGGACAAAAUGGGGCUCCAGGACAGAAUGGACUUCCAGGACAAGAAGGACCAGCUGGAGAUGCUGGAAGUGCUGGAACACCAGGAACUGAUGGUAAUCCUGGAGCACCUGGAAAAUCUGGAACUAGAGGAAGUGGAGCUCCUGGACCUGCAGGACCUGAAGGACCGGCUGGACCAGCUGGAGCACCAGGACAACAAGGACAACCUGGAAGUGAUGGAGCAAUUGGAGAUGCGGGAAUUGCAGGAGCACCUGGAAAUCCGGGAGCGGCUGGACAACCUGGAACACCAGGAGGAAAAGGAGGAGAUGGAACACCAGGACCUGAUGCUGCUUAUUGUUCAUGCCCCAAAAGAAGUGUUGCUUUUUAA